CUUGGAAUUUUCGAAUUUUAGUUGGCCUUUGCGACUCCAGCGUCUAGUCUUCGGUGGGUCGGUAGUUGCGUACCUUGAUCCCUGUUUCUUGGCUCUUAAGCCUUAGCAGCCCCACUUACACAGCCACGUAUGCGCAUUAAGUAGGUACCUAGGUACCCAGCCUCUCGCCGGACCUCCAUUAAUCAGCCGCAUUCAAGACCCAGGACCUCGGAGCGUUUAGGUAUGUACCUAGGUACUAAAAGUUACUAGAAGGUGCUGUCACACCAGCAGGUGCUUCACAUCUGUGUCGAUGUCUGACGUACGGGUCGUUGCCUCCUGCUACAUACCUACUACAUAUUUCACUCUUUAAAGUGUAUUUCGAUAGACUAAAUCCUUAACUUUUACCAUUCACUUGUCAAUUAUAGCAAAUUGACCUUGCAGCUUUCUCAACCUUCUUUCUUAGACCAGUCCUCGAGGUACAUUGCUCCCGGGGUCUUCGCCAUUAGCUGAUGAUACGGAUUUUAUAAAGGCCCCUGGAAUCUGCCGGUGUGAUAACAACAGUAAUCACUUAUUCAUCACGAAACUGUCGCAAUGGAUGUGCAUCUUCUUGUCUAUGACCUAUCAAAUGGUCUAGCCAAACAACUGUCUUUCGGACUUUUGGGGUUUCAACUCGAUGCUAUUUAUCAUACCUCCAUUGAGCUAGAUGGCAUGGAGUAUGUCUACGACGGUGGGAUCAAUGUGAUAAAGCCAGGGAGUUCUCACCUAGGCCCACCGCUAGAACGAAUACAUCUAGGGAAAAGUGAAUUGCCUAUGGAGAUAAUUCUCGAAUAUCUUGAAUCAUUAAAGGAGAUAUAUACACCUCAGGCGUACGAUCUUUUUCGACACAACUGUAACAACUUCAGCAAUGACUUCUCUACAUUCCUUGUUGGAAAGGGAAUACCCGAUCACAUAGCAAACAUGCCUCAAAGUGUGCUCGAUUCGCCUUUCGGUAGAAUGAUGCAACCUCAACUGGCCCGGAUGGUUGAAGAGAGAAAAGCUCAGCAAGGUGGAUUGCUCGGUAUCCAGAAUAAUGUUCAGCCACACACCAAUGGAGCCGCCUCCGCAACUACGCCUCAAAAUAAGUCCAAUUCUACAGCCUCUGUGAGGGUUAUUACAAGUCUCUCGGAGCUGAACCAAGUACUAGACGCUUCUCAAAAAUCAUGUGCGAUUAUUUUCUUCACCAUGGCAAACUGUGGCCCCUGUAGGGCACUUUACCCCCUAUACGACAGCUUAGCCCAGGAGUAUCAAAAUAAGGUCACCCUCAUCAAGGUUGAUAUACACCAAGCCUUUGAUGUAGCAUCUAAAUACAACAUCACGGCGACGCCUACAUUCAUUACUUUCCUUCAUGGUAAAGAAGAAGAACGGUUUACGGGUGCAGAUGCGGCCAAAUUAAGGGGAACUGUUGGUCUCCUGGCCCAAAUGGCAAUUCCAAGUCAUCCACACCAACUACUAAGGUUAAACCACUCCAUGUGGUUGGAUUCGAAACCAGUAAUAUACGGAAAAGUUGUUCCAAUUCCUAAGCUCUUAGCUAAGCUAGGAUCCAAGGCCGAUGACGAGUCAAUUCAGGGUAUGAUACGCUUUAUCGAAACCAAAGAGAGCCAGGGCCCCGCAUUGGCUCAUCUACCGGAUUUGUCAGCAUUUUCCAGUUUCAUGCGCUCGGCAGUGAAAGAUUUACCUAAGGAAGUCUUAUUUACGGUUGUGGAUCUUUUCCGAUGUACCCUUGCAGAUACUCGGGUUAGUGGCUAUUUCGCGGAAGAGCAUGGCCAUGAAACAGUUCUUGCUAUCGUGGAUGCCGUUAACAAGGACACGGAGAGCCCUUACGCUCUACGGUUGGUGACACUGCAAAUGGCUAGCAAUCUAUUUUCAAGUCACCUUUACGCGGAUCAGAUUCUCGGUAAUCCACAGUUACGAAGUGCUAUUACGCAGCUCGUCUCAUCAAGCUUCCUCGACGACAAGCAUAGCACAAUCCGAGUAGCAGCCUCAUCGCUAUUAUUCAACGUUGCUUCCGCAAACCUCAAAAAGAGACUUGAGUCCGGCGAUAUUCUUCCCGAAGAAGACCAAGUUGAAUUAGCAGCAUCACUAUUAGAGGCUAUAUCACAAGAGGAAUCAUCGAAAGAGGCAUUGGAUGGCAUGCUUUUAGCACUCGGGUUGAUGACAUACUGUCUACCUUUAGAAGGAGAAUUGAUAGACCUCUUGAGAUCCAUGGAUGCACAAGGGACUGUACUGGCCAAGGAGAAAUUGUUUAAGACUGAUCUUACUAGAGAUGUCGGACAAGUGCUACUUGGGAAGGGACUCGCGAGAAAAUAGACGUGGGGUGUAAUAUGCGCACGUCAGACCCAUAGAAGCUAUUCCUGUCUUAUUAGGCACCUAUAUAAGUAGGUUUGAAUUCGAUUUAUAGCAAGCAGGCGCUGGUUCUUUUAGCUGGUGCCGGGAGGGUUAGGGAACAGAUUAUGGAUGUCCAGAUGUAUCACAGAGGGCACACAUCCCAUUACACAGUUUCCGUAGCGACAGGCUUCGGCACUAAAUUCACAAAUACCGUGUAAUAUGAGUUAGGACGAAAAUUACUCUUACAAUCUUUUGAAAGGCUACGAU